AUGUUUAACACUAAGUCCAAUUUAUUAAUCCUUUUCGGAUUGAUGUUGGUCUGUUGUUUGUCGGUCAGAUCGACCGACGCCGCAGUCCAAUCAUACAUUUGGGAUACAACUGUCGAUUGUUCGAAUAUUGCCGGUUGCGAUUUCUACAACGCCACUAACUAUGUCGGAAAUGCACCGGUUGCCGGUGUAGUGAAUGCCGGUGGUGUCAUUAUCGAUUACUCGAAUACCACCUUCACCACUCCACAAUAUAUUACAGUGAUCAACGGUAGUACCAUCGAUAAACUCUACGUACGUGGUCCACAAACUAACGGCUCGAACUUGCUCGACUUCCAAGUCUGGAGAGACGACUCCGGUUUGGUCGUCGACGGUAGCGUCUGGUUCGAUCAAGCCAACUUGGCAGUGCACGACGGUGUCUUCACUGUGAACAACGAUUUCUUCUCUCUCAACGGAUCGACUACCACCCUUGUCGAUGCUGCUUUCAUCGUUGUCGGAACCACCGACUUUAGUGAGGACAGUAGUUUCACUGGUACCAACCAAUCGACGAUCGCUUUGGACGGUGACGGAUACAUCUUCUUUGGUUGCACCCCAGUUUUGGAUCAAGAAACCAUUUUCAACGCUGGUGGUGCCAACACCACUUUCGAACGUGGUAUCAACGCCGAGACCAAUGCCGGUAUGGUUUUCUUGAACGCCACCACCCUCAACGGUAUCUCGUCCAUCCAACAACUCCGUAUUGAGAACUACGUCAAUUUGGGUAGUCUCGCCACACUCAGUAUCUCUACCUAUUGCGGAAGAGGACCAGCCACAGACAAGCCAGUCAUCAACGUCGGAAGUGGAAAUCUCCUCAUCUCUGGUGGAACUCAAGACGAGAACGCCCCAACCGUCGUCGACUUGUACGCCAUCAACGCUGGAUAUAACGGUGUCGUCAGAAUCGUCAACUUUGUCAACGUCAGCAUCGACUACGUCUCUUCCCUCGGUCCUUUCACCUUGGACACCGUCGACAACGCCUACAUUGGUGGUGCCGUCAGUCCAGUCGAUGGAGUCACCCCGAUCGUCUCAUCUCUCAACGAUUUCAGAUUGGCCGGUUCAGUCGGACUCACCGUGAAUGCCACAACCAUCCUCUCCAUCUCCUACAUCCCAUCACAGCUGUUCUCGCCAAACAACAUUGGUGCAACCAUCUAUGUCUACGGACAGACCGCACUCAUCAACGCCACCACCCUUCUCAACAGCACCAUCUUCCAAGUGCAGAGCGGUGCCAACUUUAUGGUAGAGAACGAUUUGCAAUUCACUGGUAAAGCCGGUAUCUACUUGAUGGGUGAGAUGACCUUGAACGGAACCAUCUUGUCAUUCGACCAACCCAAGCCAGCUUUCACCUUGAACGGUGGAUCGCUGUUGGCCAUCAACAACGUAACCAUCAACGGUAACGUCAACUUCCUUAACGGUUUGUUCCAGCCAUCGGGUGUCACAGUCAACGGUGACUACUACCAGAUCGGUGGAACCAUUCUUUUCCUCGGUGUCACCGGUGAGAAUCUCAUUGUAUCCGGUGACUUCACCGUCAGCGAUCAAGUACAGAUCGGAUUCGACAACGCUUUGAUUCCCGACGUUGAGGCAGUGAUUCACGUCGAGGGUCUGCCACAAGUCGAAGCUAGCAUCGUCAUCCAGAUGUCACAGGCACCAGAGCCAGACACUGAGUACUACCUGAUCUCGUCGCUCAAUCAAUCGAUCUCUGGUAUGAUCGCAUCGUUCGAUGUCGUCACCCCUGUGAUCAACUCUUACAAAUCAUCGAUUGUCCUCACCGACCCAGCCUUGAGCAUGGUCUUGGAGUUCACCUCUCAGCCAGCCGGUCACCACAACAAGAUGGCCGGUUGGAAGGUAUUCUUAAUCAUUCUCGGUGUUGUCGCUGGUAUUGCACUCAUCGGUUUAGGUUAUAGAUAUUACGUUCGUAACAAGGGUUACAUCGCUUUGUAA